AUGUGGGAUCUGGAGCACUGGAGAUGGGCCGCCAUCCGUACCAUUGUCAACACCAGACUCUACAUCACUCGCUCGUCCUGGCUAGCACCAACCACGCAGCCGGAGCAGGUGAAAAUCUAUCGAAGUUGGCUCUACGUCUAUCCAUGCCGAGUCUUCCUACCUCAAGACCACGAUUCUCAAGCCCAUCCGAAGCUGCCCCUUGUGAUUCGGGUGCACGGCGGCGGCUUCAUGGUCAACAACCCUGCAGUAGACGACCCGUUAGCACGCCACCUAUCAGACAACGCCCACUGCAUCGUCGUCAGUAUUGACUACGGCAAAGCUCCCCAAAACAAAUUCCCGACUGGCUACGAAGACGUAGUCGCCCAAACCCUAGCAAUAAUCGAUGACCCGGAACUCCCGAUAGACAAAUCUCGGGUCGUGUUGUCCGGAACGUCAGCAGGCGGGAAUCUUGUCCUCGGCGCCGCUCAAGAUGCUCGUCUCCGUGACAAGCUGAUUGGCAUCAAUGGCGUCUGUCCCCUCGUAGACAUCGAACGAGACGCUGCCACGAAGAUGGCCACUCGUCCUGAUCCGUCCAUUCCAGACUUCAUAGGCGACACUUACGACGGCAUAGCUAAGCUCUACCUUGACGGCGCCAACCCACCGAAUCUACGUGAUGUGCGACUUAGUCCCAUCAACUUCACUUCUCGGCAGGAUCUACCGGCACAUGUAUUGUUGGUUGGAGUCGAGCACGAUAUGUUCUGUCGCGAGGCACAGGACAUGUUCGACAAGCUGAAGCGCCUUACCCAAGGUGGCAACGAUUCUGAGUCCGUGGAGUGGCAUAAGGUUGCUGGGCAGGUGCACGCAUUUGAGAACUUCCCGAUCAAAGACUCGGUUGAGAAGGAACAGAAGAGGGUAGAGGCUGUGGAGCAGAUGUACUCUGAUAUCGCGAAGUGGCUGAGGAGGGUGUUUGCGUAUAAUGUGUAG